UGUUGAGCCAAUUUUAGUAUCGUACAAUCUUAUUCUUGUAAAUUGUUAUUAUUCUCCUUUUUUCGUGGAAUACUGCAACUUGGUUAUUUGCAUUUCGCGCUGUACACGUUGUGCUAAUUUUCUAAAACAGGUGACACUACCUAUACAUAUGUCGAACUUUAAAACCAGUGAUUAUCGAAGUGACUGAGCAGUAUGGCAGUCGUCUGUCCUUAAUGUGACGUUUAGAUGUGUGCAAAAUUUUUGUUACUGUGUGUACAGCAGUUAUUUAAGCAUGAUUCAGUCGAAUCAAAUUGCGAUGCAUUAGUAAAGAAUGAAUUAUUAGCACAUUAUAUUUUUAUUCUCUUCCCUUUAAUAUUGCUCCGGUAGACGGGCAUAGCACAAUCAGCACAAUAUUGACAUUGACAGGUGGUAGUUGACAUUUUUUGCUCGUCUCAUUGGAGGUUAUCGCAUCAUGUUUGCAACGCUAAAAGACAAAAUACGAGAAGAAAUCGGGAGUGACGUGUUAACUGUCGUUAGAAAUGCCGGCAGUGUGCGUGGUAUUAACUCGAGGCAUAUGUCUCAGGCAGGAUCCACAAGUAGUAUCAGUGGAUCUCAAAUUUCAUUAGAUGGAUCACAUGAAGAAAACACAGCUUCUCCUUCCCCACCUGUUUCUUUAAAAAAAGAUAAUAGCUUUGAUCUUAAAUUAAAUGAUAAUAUGCAACUUUCUGCUAAAGAUAUUAAAAGACUUGAAAACAGAGAAGAUGAAUGGCGAAAAAGAUUGGCAAAAAAGGAGGCAGAAUUAAUAAAACAAAUGGAAAAGAAAAAAGAGGAAUGGAAAGUAAAACUCCUUGAAAAAGAAAAGGAAUGGAAAAAGAUAGUUGAAAAACAAGAGAAAGAAAAGAACAAAUUGGAAGAAGAAUUAAAGAAAGUAGAAAGCACAAAACAUUCAUUGGAAUUGGCUCUUAAAGAUGCUGAAGAGUACAAGAAAAAAUUGUAUAGUUUUCAAGAAGAUGCAGAACAACUGGAAGGAUUUCAAACUCAAGAAAUGGCAAAAAUAAAACACCUAUUACUGGGAAAAGAACAGGAAGUAGAAGAAAAGACACAUCAUUUAAAAUCAGCCACUGCAGAAAUUGAGAGUUUAAAAAGUGAAGUUUCUCGUCUUAGGAGAUAUGAAGAUGAAUUAAACAAUGUACAGGAUGAAAUGGAGACACUACGUCAUUCUACUCAGCGUGAGAGAGCUCAACUAUCCUGUCAACUUGCACAAACUGAAGAAGAAGUACGUCAUCUGAAAGACAAGGUUUUUGUGUUAGAACAAAGAGUUGCUUUAGAGAGUAAUGAUCAGGUGACAGUGGAUGAAAGAAUAGCUGACCUUAUGAGAGAAAGAGCAUUGUUAGAAAGGAAGUUAGAAGAGGCACAUCUUCAUUUAUCCGAUAUAAAGACUAGUUGGUCAGGAAAAAUAUCUAGUUUGGAGACACAAGUUGGAAGACUUAGCAGACAGGCUGGUGAAGAAGGUUUGGAAAGAAGACGAGUUGAAGAAGAAAGUGAAAGACUGAAGCAAAGGAUCAAGCAGCUAGAAGCUGAAAUAGAGGUGAACAUUGUUGUCAUGGCGACGAAAGACGCCAAGCUUUUGCGCAUGGCAGAGGACAUUGACGAGAUGGCCACGGAACUAAAAGAGCUCCGGGCCAGCGUCGAUGAUGAGGUGGACGAAUUUAAACGACAAAUUGAAUCCUCGUCAAAACAGAUUUCGCGGCUGAAGGGAGACUUAGAAGAUGCAACAACAAAACUUUCAACUGCUACUUCAGAAUUAGCCCAUGUUCGUAUCACUCUGGAAGGAGAACGAACGAAUAAUUCCUCUUUACAUUUAGAAGUAGCGCGUUUACGAGAAGAUCUGGAAUCCGAAAGGACAGCAUCAGCAACGUUGAAAGUAUGCCUAGAAAGAGAGAAAAAUGAAAAGGAUACUGCAUUGCUAAGGAAUGCUCAAGUAUCUCAAGAGAUAGAAAUUGUGAAACAGAGUAAUCGACGACAAGAAGUGGAAAACAUAGAGCUUCAAACUAGGGUAGAGACAUUAGAGCACAAUUUACAAAGUAAAAGUAAAGAAAUAGAAGAAGUAACGACGACACUAGAAGAAACUAAACAGAGGGUAUUGGAAUUGGAAGAAAUGGAACAAAAUAGGAAGAAAAUGGAGAGAAAUGAGAAAUUACUUAAAAAUAAUUUAAUGGAUUUGGAAGAACAAUUAAAUGAGAAGACGAAGACGAUUAAGGUUUUACAGCAACGAUUAACCGAUAUGAAGAAGACCCUUCAGCGAGAGUUGAGAGUUCCAUCUUCAUCGCUGGAUAGCGAUGCUGAACCAUCUGCGGCAAUUCUUAAACCCAGUUCGUCGAAAACAGUCACUGCCAGACAUAAUAGCACAAGAGAUGAAGAUGUUAACUUUAAAUACCUUAAACAUGUUCUCAUAAAGUUCCUAACAAGUAGGGAAUAUGAGGCUCUUCAUUUAACGAGAGCAGUCGCUACUCUUUUACAUUUUUCACCCGAAGAGGAGCGGUUAUUGCAAGAAACUUUAGAGUGGAAAAUGUCAUGGUUUGGUACACGGCCUAAUCUAGGUUUUGGACAAACUGCCAAAGCUAUACCGCCUAGCUGAUAGCUGAAACAAAUUUCCCUUCCUAUAAGUAUUUUAAAAGUGGCCACAAAUUCGUGGGUAAAAUCGAAAAAUUGUGUCGCGUCGAUGAUCAAUCGCAAGUGAUUAUGAAUAUUUGAAGGAUUAGGGAAAAAAAGAUAAAAAAAAUUUAUAAACUAGGAAUUUCAUAAAUUUUGUAAAAUAUUUAGCGUUUAUAAUACAUAUAUAAUUUAUUCGCGUGGGCUACAGAUAUUGAUCGCAGCUAGCUUCAAAGACGCCCAAUAAAAUAUGUAGCACCAAAUGUUAUUUAGACAAAUUUGUAAGUCGAAUAUAGAAAAAUUUUGACAGUCGUCAUCUA